GCGCUGUCCGAGCGGCGGCGGCGGCGCCAGGGCUUCCCACGCGGCGCACCGGGACUCCGCUCGGGCCAGCGCGACGGCCCUCCGGCUCUGCCCAGCAGGGGAGCCUCCCGACCAAAGGAGGCGGUCUCGUCGCCGCGCCGAGCGCACUUUGGGGGAGCGCUUUCCCCGCGCGGCGGGAGCGAAAGAGAAGGCAACGGAGGCGGCUGCCGGGCAAGGCGGGGAAGGGACCGCCCGCUCCUCCCGCCUGGCUGCACGGGAAGAGGAGGGGGCGAGGCGACGAGGAAGGCGCGCAGGAGCCCGGAACCCCCGACCGGAGAUCCCCGCCUCGCGCGGCUACCUUGGCCCCCAGGAGCAACCCCGGCGGCUGCUGGAGCAGGAGUGGCCCCGACUUCACUGGCAGUGCUGGGAAAAUGGCCCAAUUGUUUCCAGAAAGACUCGGCCAGUCAGACUGAAAGCUGCUAUGUGGAGGGCGAGGCCCAGAGGCCUGGGCAGGCGUCCUUGCUCUCAGCCAGCCAUGGGCAUUAAUCUCCCAUCCCAACAGGCCCUGGCCCACGGAAAAUGUGCGUAGUUCAGCGGCCGCUGCUGGGCUUCCUGUUUGGCCCCUGGCUGUGGAUGACCCUGGCCCAGCCACCCAGCCAAGCCCCCACCAGGCAGAGCCCACCAUCGUCCACCCUACAAUUCCGACUGGCCGGCUAUCCCCGAAAGCACAACGAGGGGCGCAUUGAGGUUCUCUACGACAAAGAAUGGGGCACCAUCUGUGAUGACGACUUCACGCUGGCCAACGCCCAUGUCCUCUGCCGGCAUCUGGGAUUUGUGGCUGCCACGGGCUGGACUCACAGUGCGAAAUACGGCAAAGGUGUUGGGCGCAUCUGGCUGGACAACGUCAGCUGUGGUGGCCGUGAGAAGAGCAUCGCAGAGUGCCAGUCACGGGGCUGGGGCAACAGCGACUGCUCCCAUGAGGAGGACGCGGGUGUUAUUUGCAAAGACGAGCGCAUCCCUGGCUUCACUGACUCCAAUGUGAUUGAGGCAGAGCAGAAACAGGUGGAGGAGCUGCGCCUACGUCCGGUGGUGUCUCAGGCCAAGCGCUCGCUGCCCAUCACGGAGGGCAUCGUGGAAGUCCGCCACAAGAGCAGCUGGGCCCAGAUCUGUGACGAGAACUGGGGCAGUCAGGAAAGCCGCGUGGUCUGCGGGAUGCUGGGCUUUCCGGCCGAGAGGAAGGCCAACCGCAAUUUCUACAAGCUGUACCUGCAGCGCCAGCAGCACCAGUACCGCCUGCACUCGGUCACUUGUGCCGGGCCUGAGGUGCACCUUUCCACCUGCUCCUUCGAGUUCUACAAGGGCAACGUCACAGGGGCCUGCAAGGGUGGCAUGCCAGCUGUGGUGAGUUGUGUGCCAGGCCCCCUCUUUGCUGGAGGAAAUGCCCAUAAAAAGAGGCGGGGGCAGCAGCCACAGCGACAGCAGCGGGUCCGGCUGAAAGGGGGGGACAAGAUUGGCGAGGGCCGGGUCGAGGUGCUGAAGAAUGGCGAGUGGGGCACCGUCUGUGACAACCGCUGGAACCUGCUGUCAGCCAGCGUGGUCUGCCGUGAGCUGGGCUUUGGCAGUGCCAAGGAAGCCCUGGCAGGAGCACGCAUGGGCCAAGGGAUGGGCCAAAUCCACCUGAGCGAGGUCCAGUGCCUGGGCUCUGAGAAGUCUCUCUGGAGCUGCCCGCACAAGAACAUCACCCAGCAGGACUGCAGGCACUCGGAGGACGCAGGGGUCCGCUGCAACGUGCCUUACAUGGCCCACGAGACCACGAUCCGCCUGAGUGGGGGCCGGAGCCGUUUCGAGGGCCGGGUCGAAGUGGCCAUGGUGGCUAGAGGCUGGGGGCUGAUCUGCGGAGAAGGCUGGGGGACCCUCGAAGCGAUGGUGGCUUGCCGCCAGCUGGGCCUGGGCUACGCCAACCAUGGCUUGCAAGAAACCUGGUACUGGGACACCAGCAACGUGACUGAAAUGGUGCUGAGUGGGGUGAGGUGUGCUGGGCACGAGAUGGCGCUGAGCCACUGCCAGCACGACAGCAGAGUUUCCUGCCGGAAGACAGAGACCCGUUUUGCUGCUGGCGUCAUCUGCUCUGAGACUGCCUCAGACCUGCUACUCCAUGCGGCACUGGUACAAGAGACAGCCUACAUCGAAGAUCGCCCUCUGCACAUGCUCUACUGUGCGGCUGAGGAGAACUGCCUGUCCAGCACUGCCCGCAGCGCCAACUGGCCUUACGGACACCGCCGGCUGCUGCGCUUCUCCUCCCAGAUCCACAACAACGGCCGGGCCGACUUCCGCCCCAAGGCAGGACGCCACUCCUGGGUCUGGCAUGAGUGCCACGGGCACUACCACAGCAUGGACGUCUUCACACACUACGACCUCCUGACACUUAAUGGAACCAGGGUGGCCGAAGGGCACAAAGCCAGUUUCUGCCUGGAGGACACAGAAUGCGAAGAAGAGGUGGGCAAACGCUACGAAUGUGCCAACUUUGGAGAGCAGGGCAUCACGGUGGGCUGCUGGGACCUCUACAGGCAUGAUAUUGACUGCCAGUGGAUCGACAUCACAGAUGUCAAGGCUGGGAACUACAUCCUGCAGGUGGUGAUCAACCCCAGAUACGAAGUGGCAGAAAGCGAUUUCACCAACAAUGCCAUGAAAUGCAACUGCAAGUAUGAUGGCCACCGGAUUUGGGUGCAUCACUGCCAUAUAGGUGAUGCCCUUAGCAACGAGGCCAACGGAUUCUCUGAACAGUAUCCAGGACAGAGCAACAACCAGGUUGUAUAGGCGGCAGCUGCCCUCCUCCUGGGCACAAGGCGGGCAGGUGGUACCAGUGGCAGAGCAGCAGGCAAGAGCGCUGGAUACCUCCAGUCCCCCAGCCAGCAAUUCAGCAGCUGUUUUGCUGUGUGAGAAGCAGGAGUAACUCCUGGGCAGCUGAAAGGCACCACCUGUCACCUGCCUGCUCAGCCAGGACCAGACUGCCACCCCUCCCUCCCUGGCAUUCCUCUCAGCAGACUGUUCCUUCUGUGACCACAAGAGGCGCUGCAGGCCUCCCAGGAUAGCUGCUGCUGCACGGAGCUGGGAAGGGGGCACCUCCACUCAACUGCCCAGCGGACCCAGCCUUUAUCUGGGGCUUCAGCACCGCCUGCAUUGGGGCGGCUGGGCCCUCCUAUAUAAAGCUAGUUGUCUGUGUC